CUUCGUGCGGGCUCAGCUUAGCUUACGGUUUGUUAUCAUAUUAAAACUGAGACGUUGUCUUUGUUAACACGUGGUUCACGUGUUUGUUCGUUUUUAAUGACUUAACUGCUUGAAAUUUACGCUGGUGUAUAUUUCUUAUACACACGUGGUUCACGUGUGAAUUUCUUUGUUGACAUUUUUACAUGUCAUCUUGUAUCGAAUCUGGGGACGAGGUCCUCUCUAUAAUGGCAGACUCUGAUAAUGAUUCGUUUGAGGGUUUCGAUAGCGAUGCUAUUCGAGAAGCAGAAAAACGACUUGCUAAAAAAUUGAACGAAGUUAAAGCAGUUACUAGAGCUAAUUCUGCCACAGGUUCUGUGAGCAAAGACUUAAACAAUAAUGGUAAUGACCAGAGUGAAUGUGCACCGGCGAGGCCGGUAGCGAGUUCUAAAGGUACAAAACGAAAGAAAGCAAAUGGCAAUAAAAAUAAGACAAAGAAAACGAAGAAAGAUGAUAAGUUAUCUGGUAAAGAUAUUACCAAUGCACUAGUAAACAUGGGUCAAGAUGAGAUAGAUAAGUUUAAGGAACUCAUGGGCAUAAAUGAUUUAAUUGGUUGUAUUUACAAUUUGCAACAAGAUAGUGCAAGUACAAAUCAGUCGAUAGAACACGAGAGCAUCUCUAGUGAGAAUGAAAAUCAAAACGAGUUUGAUUUCUUUGCUGAUAAUGAAUCAGAGAAAGACAUAGAAUUAAGUGAUUGGGCAAUACCAGAUUGGUUUAGUUCAGAUAAGAAAGGGAAAGAUAUUGAUUCUAAACUGGCAGAAAUGGUCAAUACUUUGUGUAUUAAAGAGGGUGAGACAUCAAAAAUUAUUGAAGAUAAUCCAAGGCCAGCUAAUUGCAAUAAUUUAGUAGCACCUAGGGUCAAUACAGACAUAUGGAACAUUUUACCAAAAUUUGCCCAGAGUCGUGAUUCUGGUUUUCAAGCAGUGCAAAAAACCAUUGUUGCGGGUAUUACACCUAUACUCAGAAUUGCUGAGAUGAUGAAGACAAAUGAUAAGUUCAAAGAGAUAAGAAAUCUGUUAAAACAGUCAAUUAUCGUGUUGUGUAAUUCCAUCUACCAAAUUUCUCAAAAGAGACGAUUUUUGAUGAGAAGGGUUUUACCCAAUAGAUUCCAAGACAUAUGUAAUACAUCUCAGCCCGUAUCAGAACUUUUGUUUGGGGGCGAUAUUCAGAAAAAGAUCAAAGAAUUGUCAGACUUUGAUAAAUACAAAAGAGACAGGCCAAGGAACAACUCUUUUUAUACUAACACAAGAGGAAGAAAGAAUUACCCUUACAAUUAUAAUUAUGGUAGAGGUAGAGGGUCAAACAGACCUUUUUUAGGGGGAAGAAAUGCAUAUGGCAGAGAGAUGAGAAAUGUGGACAGAAGAGGAAAGAACAGAUUUUAGAGAAAGAUGUGAUUAAGUUAGGCUGCCAAGGCACACAGAUUUAAUGACAGAUGGAGAGCGGAAACAUCCCCUCAACAAAACAAUCUUACUAGCCGCAGCACUUAUAUCUGGAAAACAUUGGAGAACCGAGGAUUUCCAAAAGACAUUAGAAUCGUCCUGCUCUCAUCAUGCAGAAAAUCAACAAGGAAGCAGUAUGACCUUGCCUGGAAAAAUUUCAUAUUUUGGUGUGAUAAACGGAAUAGAUCUGCAAAUGAAAUUACUGAGAAAGAACUAAUGUCAUAUUUGUUUAGUAUCUUCAAAAAUGGAAAAUCAUAUUCCACGAUAAAUACUCAUAAAGUGGCAGUGACUCAGACUUUAGCUCUGAACGAUGAUAAAUGGAGUAAGAAUUCUAUAUCUUUAACUAAGUUUAUGAAAGGAUUGUUCAACCUGAGACCAUCUUUACCGAAAUACAAGUUGACAUGGGAUGUGUCUAAAGUAUUAACCUUUUUGAAAAGUUUGUUUCCUUUGGAGUCUUUGGACAUUAAAUUUCUCACAUUGAAACUGUGUACCUUGUUAGCAUUGACUACGGCGGCUAGAGCUCAGACAUUAGUGUGUAUGAAUAUUAAGAAUAUGUGUUUAAAUUCAGAUAGUGUUGUGUUUUAUUUUACGUCAUUGUUGAAAACAUCCAGACCAGGAAGGUCUUAUUCUAUUUCAUUGCAAAAAUAUA